AUGUCUGAACUUCGCCGCUCCGCAAGGGUUGCUUCCAAUAAAAGAGGUUCCCCUGCAGAUGAACCUGCUUCCCAUCAAACCAAGAAAUCGAAAACUACCAGUGUUGCUCCUGAUGGGGAAAAGAAGGUAGAUAAAAUUGCUGAAGCAAAAAUGGAGGAUGCUGAGCCUGAAACGAAAGAAGAGAACGCUGAGCCUAAAAUGAAACCAAGAAGCUCGCCUUCCGAGAGCAAAAGUAAGGAAUUGAUUGAAGGUGACGAGAUUCCUGAUCUGACUCUGCAAAAUCAGGAUGGUGGUGAGAUAUCUUUAAAAAAACUUGCCGAAGAGAACAGAAUUAUCAUCAUUUUUGCUUACCCAAAGGCAAGCACUCCCGGUUGUACACGACAAGCUUGCGGCUUUCGCGAUAACUACGAAGAUUUGAAGGAGCAUGCCGCAGUGUUUGGUUUGUCUACAGACAACCCAAAAUCUCAAAAAAACUUUCAAACUAAGCAAAAAUUACCAUUUGGGUUGCUGUGUGAUCCUAAAAGACUUUUAAUCGGCAGUCUUGGAGCAAAAAAGACCCCGCAAGCUGGUACAAUAAGGUCGCAUUGGAUUUUUGUAGACGGUAAGUUGAAAUCUAAGAACAUUAAAGUGUCUCCUGAGUUCAGUGUUGAAGAAGGUAAAAAACAGAUCCUUGAAUUAGCUAAGGAACUUGAGUAG